AUGGCUAACAACACCGACCUAGCUGCUGCUAUUCGCCUCUUGGCGGAAAAAAUGACUCAGGAUAGAGCUAAGUGUCCUGAGACUGCUGGGGAAAUGUUUGAAAGGUUAGCUAAGGUUAAGCCACCAUACUAUAAGGGCCAAUCUGACCCAACCGUCUUAGAGAAUUGGAUUAGGGAGUUUGAGAAACUAUUUGAGGUUGUAAACUGCCAUGAAAAUAUGAGAGUGGGUCAGGCUGUGCUAUAUCUGAAAGAUGAUGCUGACUUAUGGUGGAGAGAGAGAGAGAGUGGAGCUAGAUUGAGUGUUAUUGUGGAAUUCAAUUGGGAUGCAUUUGUGAUUGCCUUGAGAGAGAAGUUUUAUCCUGCCUUUAUGAGGAAACAAAAAGCCCAAGAAUUCAUUAACCUUAGCAUGGGUACCAUCUCUGAGUACUACGAUAAAUUCAUAUCCCUGUCCAGAUUUGCACCCGAGGUUGUAGCCACUGCGGAGCUUAAGGCUCAGAGGUUUGAGCAAGGAUUAACUGAUGAGAUACAGUUGGAAUUAGGAGGAGAGACCUUUACGUCCCUAGAUGUUGUGUAUGGGAGAGCAUCUCAUAUCUAUAGUCUACAGUCAAGGAGAGAUAAGAAAAAUGGGGUAGUAUGUGAAGAGAGGAAAGAUUUCAAUGAUGGGGGAAACCAAGGGAAUUUCAAGAGGAACUGA